AUGGCAUUUGCAAUGCGGAAGCCCAAGAAGAAUGAAUUAUUAUUAUGCAAUUAGCAAUUAGCAUCAAUUGAAACCAAGUCCGAGUUCGAGCCUCGGCUAGAAUGCAUUUGCUGGCCGAAAACCACUCGACUGGGUCAACCGUUCAUCAGGCAAACGACGGGGCAUCCAAGGUAACAUCGCCUCCUAUGCCAUAUUUUUCCCCCACAUUUUCCAUCUCCAUCGACAUAUCUCUGUGGCCUUUGUUUACCCACUUUGAUGCAACGUUUGUGUUGCUGUCAAACAAAUAACGAAACGAUUUGCUCAUUUGUUGAUAUUUGCAUUUCGCAACGGUCUUUGGGGCAAAAGAAGUCUGUAUGGCUGUUGAUGCCUCCCCUAUAUAAGAAUGCAGAUCUCGAGUGUGCUAAAGAUUUCGCAAUGGACUCUGCGAUUUCUAUGACCUCUCGGGGCUUGAACUCCACUCGAGGAGAUAUAUAUAUAUGCCCUGCUGGCUGGCGAUGAUGUAAAUCGUAGCACAAAUCGCUGCACAUAAACAAAAGUUUUAAUCUU